AUGGUUGCGUAUGCUCAUGAUGAGGAGCUACUCAUUCACGUUUUUCAGGAAAGUUUGGCCGGGGUGGCAUUAAACUGGUAUACCCAUUUGGAGCUGACUCGAAUUCGUUGUUGGGCGGACUUGGCUGAUGCUUUUGUGAAACAGUACAUAUACAAUACACAUGUUGCGCCAGAUCGCUUACAGCUGCAAAACAUGUCAAAGAAAGACAACGAAACUUUUAAGGAGUAUGCUCAACGGUGGAGGGAAUUGGCUGCACAGGUUGAGCCACCUUUGUAUGAUAGAGAAAUGGUGGCAAUGUUUGUAAAUACGCUCCAACCACCAUUUUAUGAACAUAUGGUGGGAAAUGUAUCUUCAAAUUUUGCUGAUAUCAUCGUGAUAGGCGAACGAAUAGAGAUCGGGUUGAAAAAUGGGAAGAUUGCAUAUGGCUCGUCGGUGGUUGCAAAUUCCAAACACCGACGAGCCACCGACUUGAAAAAUGGGAAGGUUGCAACCACCGACGAGCCAUAUCCAAUCUUCCCAUUUAGCAACCUGAUCUCUAUUCGUUCGCCUAUCACGAUGAUAUCAGCAAAAUUUGAAGAUACAUUUCCCACCAUAUGUUCAUAA